CCAUAAAAAACAUUAAUACCUCCUGGUGGGAAGUUACAACCACCUGUAUGAAUGCCGUAUGGAAAAAGCUCUGCCCUCAGGUUGUUCAUGAUUUCACUGGGUUUGAAAAUAUUCAGGAGGAGCAGGAGGAGGUUGUUGACAAUUUAAUCUCCAUGAGUGAGAAACUGGAGCUAGAGCUGGAGGAGCAGGACUUCACAGAGUUCUUUGAUGACCAUGACAAGGAGCUAUCUAAUGAUGAACUACAAGAAUUGGAGAAGCAGAGGAAGGAGGCAGAAGAGGCAGAGGAGGAAGAAGUGGAAAUGCCACCAAAACAUUUCCAAACUAAAAAGAUGGCAGAAGCUUUUGCAUCCAUAGAGGCAGCCUUGGCAAAUUUUGAAGAACAGGACCCAAAUGAAGAACGACAUGCCAAGGUGUCAGCAGCUGUUCAUGAUGCACUGAAAUGCUACCACGUCAUAUAUGAGGAAAAAAAGAAGGCUGUGAGCCAGUCGUCGCUUCAUCGGUUCUUCAAACGGGUAGAUAAACGUGAGGCAACAGUACCAUCCACUCCUCAGUCAGUGCCAUCUACCCAUGAGCCAGUGCCAUCUUCAUCCUCUACCCACACGCCUGACACUGACAGCGAUGCUGAUGACCCCUCCACCAUCUCGUCACCCCGUUCCUCGCCCGCCACUUCCCCCAACAAAUCCAAGUGAACAAGUAUGGUAUGGUGUCAUCCCCCGGUCUAACGGAUAGGCUUCGUGUUGUGUGACGGCCCUGGUUGUGUUUUCCUGCCCAGCUGACCAC